AUGAAGCUCUCCAGCGUUCUCUCCUUGCUCGUCGCAGCUCUCGUUGCAGCCAAUCCUGCCGGAGAGAAGAAACUCAACGCUCGCUACCGCGUGGUGCCGAGCGAUCUCCCCAAUCCCGGCAGACCCAAGGAGGCUCACGUCUGGGAUCAUAAUGCCCAUCUCUAUGGAGACUAUACCUUCUACUGCGGCGUCUUCUCCACCGGAGCACACAACAACCUUCGAGUCGAGAACAUCGAGAGACAGGAGCUGAUCUGGACCAUCGAGCCCGACUCCUGCGCCCGCGUCUUCUGCUGGAACACGAGCGCAAUCUACGUCUGCAAUAACCGCAACGACGAGUCGCUCGGCAUCCCCUCCAAAAACAUCGGCUGGAUGGCCGAGAGGCUGCUCACGCUGUGCUGCUCCCCUCAUGAGGGCGGAACUUCCGGCCAGCUCUUCCACCCUACCGAGGGCUACAACGUCGUGAUCGGCUACGGCAACUGCAACAACGAGGGCAGCUACACGCCCGACCACUACGUCUACCCGGGCCCCAACGGCGAGUGCCAGAAGUACAUCGAGCCUGCCCUGCCGCCGCGCGCUGUCUGA